AUGGUUUCCCGGCUAUAUGCUCAGAAGUACCCCCCGGUGUUGCUCUGCACGCUGGCUGCCCUGUCAUGGACUUGGGGCCCGGUAACAGCGGGUAGGAGUUGCUCGGAGACACGGCAUGUGUACGCAGAGAAGGGCUACAGUACGAACACUGCCCCGCUGACUCAAAUCUCCGGCGAGCAUCUGCGUCUGUGUCCCCAGGACUACACCUGCUGCUCCAGUCAGAUGGAGGAAACUCUGGCCCAUCAGAGUGAGACGGACUUCCUGUCGGCCAUCGACGACACCAGCCAGUUCCUUCUCACCACUUUCACACAGAGGCACCGCAAGUUUGACGAGUUCUUCAGGGAGCUCAUAGACUUGUCUGAAAAGUCCAUGAAUCAAAUGUUUACUAAGACCUACGGGCGCCUCUUCACCCAGAACGCCAAUGUCUUCCAGGAGCUGUUUGUGGAGCUCCGUCGAUACUACUCAGGGGGCAGUGUGAGCCUGACAGAGGUGCUGUCAGAGUUCUGGUCCAGACUGGUGGAGCGGGUCUUCUCUCUGGUCAACCCCCAGUACCAGUUCAGUGACGAGUACCUGGAGUGUGUCAACAAACAUGCAGAGCAGCUGCAGCCCUUUGGGGACCUGCCCCGGAAACUAGGCUUACAGGUGUCCAGGGCAUUCAUUGCAGCCAGAGCACUGGUUCAAGGCUUGGCCAUAGGCCGUGACAUUGUCAACAAGGCAGCAAAGUUGAGUGCUGGUGCGGGGUGUGUGCGUGCCCUGAUGCGUCAGUGGUACUGCCCAUUGUGUCGAGGCAUGCCCUCCCUGCGCCCCUGCCACGCCCUCUGCCUCAAUGUGAUGAAGGGCUGCCUGGCCAAUACAGCCGAUCUGGACACUGAGUGGAACAAUUUCAUUGAUGCUCUGUAUCAAGUAUCUGAGAAGCUGGAGGGGCCUUUUAACAUGGAGCUGGCUGCAGACUCCAUCUCUGUUAAAGUGUCCGAGGCCAUCAUGCACAUGCAGGAGAACAGCAUCGCCACCUCCACUAAGGUGUUCCAGGGCUGUGGGAGUCCCAGACUGGCCCCGGGCCGUUCUCGGCGCUCCCCCAAGGAGUCAGGGGGCAACAGGAGACCCUUCCGUACGUUCAGCCCUGAGGAGAAGCCCACCACUGCUGCUGGCACCAACCUGGACCGACUGGUGUCAGAUCUGAAGGAGCGACUGCGGCCCAUGCGAGGCUUCUGGGUGUCCCUCCCACACACCAUCUGCAACGACAAGAACGUGGCCGCCGACGUCACCAACGAGGACCGCUGCUGGAAUGGACAGACCAGGGGGAGGUACCUCCCUGACGUGACAGGCGAUGGGCUGAUGAGUCAGAUCAAUAACCCAGAGGUAGAGGUGGACACUGCCAGGCCAGACGUGAGGACCAGACAGCUCAUCAUGGAGCUCAGAGUAGCCACCAACAGACUGAAACAUGCACAGGCUGGACAGGAUACUGACUUCAUGGACAGUGAGGUCGAUGAGGGCAGUGGAUCAGGCGGCGGAGGGGAGAGGUACAGUGAUGAUUGGCCUGGCUACAGGCCCUACUCCCCUCCCUACAGUAAGCCCCCACUUAACCCCCAGACACCCAUCAAGCCCCCGCGGGUCAGAGACCGAACCGGAUCAAAGUGGAACAGGAGCAAGGGACGGUCCAUCUCAGCGGUCAGCCGGCCAGCCGCCUUCUCGCUGGCGGUUUUGUUUUGGUUAUCAGUUAUGGUCACUGUCUCCCCCAUUUGGAGAUAGCCAGUUACUACAGCCUGAAGCUCAGGGUUGUGUUCAUUAUGGCAAAUAAAGAAGAAAAAAAAAUUUGAAACACAAAAUGAAAAUAAGCAUUUCUUAUUGGA